AUGAAUGAAUAUGAAGAAAAAAGAUUUCUUAUUCCUUCACCUUAUUCUGAUCAUCUUCUUGAUUUCACAACAUUAAAUAAUUCAUCUCAACAAAUCGCUAUUUUUCUUCAAGAAUUACAACCAAAUGAAGGAUAUUCAGAUUUACUAUAUCAACGAACAUUUAACUGGUCGACUAUUUUCUCAAAAUUACCACUAACUUUUCCAAAUACAGUUUUUUACGUUGUUGUAUUUCGUUUACAACUUGCGCUCUCACCAAUUAAUUCGGAAGUUUUCUUUGAACUUCCUUCUCAAGAUAAGCAAUCCCAUUUUAAAGCAAAUAAUAGUGUGGUAAGCUUUGGUGACUCAAACACAGAUACAGGCAAUGUUUACAAAUUGACAAAUUAUUCAUGGCCACCCGUUCCUCCAUAUUUUCGAGGUCGACUUUUGAAUGGUCCAACAUGGGUUGAACGUUUGGGCGUUUCUAAGCUCAUAGAUUAUGCUCAUAUGGGCUCCACAAUUGACGAUAAAGUGGUUCAAGGUUGGGGGGUCAUCAAUUUACAACCCGUGCCAGGUGUUCGCCAACAGAUAGAAAUUCACUUAAAUGACACUCGUAGGAGCACAAUUAACGUUCACCAAACUAUCUAUAUAAUCUGGGCCGGCCUUAAUGAUUAUUAUUUCAAUCAAACUAUCAGUCCAUCAACGAUUGCAACCAGUCUAUUGAAUGUGAUCAAAGAUUUAGUUACAAUGGGUGCCAUGCAUAUCCUUGUGUUCAAUCAACCACCGCUUCAAUCGUAUCCAUUCAUUCAUAUUAUGGAUCAGAACCUCAAUUUUACUGCAUUCACAAUUCAACUUAAUGAUAAUCUUUCGGCGGGUGUCACAAAAUUUCGACAUAGUAAUCCAAAGAUUUCUCUGAAUGUUUUCGAUCUCUAUUCGCUCAUCUCAAAGAUCAUUGCCAAUGGAUCGACAUAUUUAUUUAAAAACACAGUUGAUCCAUGCUGGAAUAUUACAAUAAAUGGAACUGUUUUACAUCAGUGUGUUGAUCCAACUUCCUGUUGGGCACGUUAA